AUGGCGCCCGCCGCCCCCCAACUCCCCGCCCGGUUUCCAUGCUGGUGUCGAGCCAUAUACUCAUGGGGAGGAGAGACAAAGCGUGAUCUAGGGUUUGUGGAAGGGGACCUAAUCGAGUGUCUAAAUGCAGGCGAUGGGCAAUGGUGGAUGGGUCGAUUGCGGCGCGACCGGCGCAUGAUGGGUCUAUUCCCAUCCAAUUUCGUUGAAGUCCUCGGGGAGGACUUUGUGCCUGUCACUAGAUCGACCAGUCCCAUGAUUUCCGCCACCGUGUCUCCGAUCACAAAUCCUACCUCCGCCCCCAAAAAGCAGAAGACCGUCUUUCGGAAACCCUUCCAGGCUCACAAGGAAGCGCUUGCGCCGACAGGCGAGUUGGCCCGAGGCGGCCUGUCCUCGUCGCCCGUGAUGGCAAGCUCGAUACCCCAGACACCCCCCCGAGAGGGCAGUCUUCCGCAAAAGGUCCAACCCUUGCGGACACCGACCACGGCCGUGAAGCAUCAGGGCUCGGUUUCAAGGCCCCCCUCGCGGUCGCGGCCUCCAUCGCGUGCAGCGUCGCCUCGUCCGCCCGCUGAACCUGACCCGCUGCUCUCAUCAAGCGCCCCGGCUCCGUAUAAUCCCCGCCACAGACCUCCGUCUCGAGCAGUGUCACCUUACCCGUCAGACAGUCCCCGCAAUAGACCUCCAUCUCGUGCCGUAUCGCCGUACCCGUCGGAUAACCCAGAACUUCAUAUGCCAUUGGUACCUCCGGUGCGAACCACAAUGCAUCCCACUCCUCCAUCUUAUGCCGCCUCCCCCCGGAUUCAGGCCGACUACGACUUCAUCUCCUCCUCGUACCCGGAUAGGCACGGUAUAUCGAUACCGGGACGAUCCUCACGCGAGAUCUCACCACUGCAGCUGCAAGAACGGGAAGAAUCGCCACCUCCACCACCGCCUCCGCAUCGCGUGGCCGUACAUCGACAGCCCUCUCCUGGGCCCCUGGUUCCGUCCCGAAUGGAGAUAAAUGACCGCUAUGCCACCAUGCCAAGGACCCCAUCCCCUGCGGCGCACUCCGAAGGCCGCGGUCAUACGCCCUCUCCCCUUCGGGAUGCGAUGGAGGAUGUAAUGACUUCUUUGGAGGACAUGGGGCUGUCCCGAAGCACGCACUCGCCAUCACCGCAGCCACAGCCACAGCCGCUGUUCAAUAAUCCCUGGUCACCGGAUGCGUACGAAGGACUCAGUCAACGUCGACCCUUGCGGACUUCCAACCGACCUGUAACGUCCAUGGGAUUCGACGGGUACAAGGAAUAUCAGCAGCAUGGGAGUCAAAAGCACAGGAACAACAGUGUCUGGACGCAUGACCCUUAUCUGGAAGGCCCGCCGCAGUUGAACAAUUACGUACAGAGAAUGGAGAGCCGCCUCCGGCAGAUGCAGGAACAGAACCGACAGGACUCGGAGGAGAUCCAGCCCGAGGAAGAUGAAGAGCCUCCACCGCCGCCGUCGAGAGGCGUUCCCUACCACGCCCGACAUAAUUCGACUCCGGCACAGUACCCGCCCCUUCGAGGACGGCGGUCCGGACAGGAUCUCCGUGAGGAUGUACUCAACCGUAGCUACACCACUAAGUCCAGCACGACAACGUCCUCGAGUGGCGUACAAAGCAUCAGCACAAACCUCACGGCGAGCACCGAGCGGACGAAUUUCAGUGUAAUGAGCGGUCCGUCGGCCGGGGGAUUCAGCGCAACGAGCGCGGGAAGCUACGCGAGGAGAAUGACUCCCGCCGACCGGCCAAACACGGCUUCCGAUACGUUCCGUUCCAGAGGGUUUAGCGAUGUAUCUCGGGUGUCGAGACCCGAAACACCCCUCACAGGCAUCUCUUAUCACUCGAGCCACAAUACCUCCCGACAGGGGGCGUCUUCGGCCAUCCCCUGGUCGGCUCCUCACGCCCCGCCGGAAGAGACCGCCGGGGUGCUGGGAGGAUUGUCUACGCCAAAGGCCAAAAAGCCCGGAUUCUUCAAGAAGAUCUUCGAAUCGGCCAAGACCGGAGCGGCGAAUGCGAGGAGCAGUAUUGCAGUCGGCCAGAGUGGUGGCACCUUCUCCCCCUCAAAGGGACGGGGGAUCUCGCCGAUGCGUGCUCUGCAUUCUAGCCGAGACUCUGGUCGGGAGUCGGGCAGCGCCUCAGCGAUUGACUGGGUACAGGUGCGGCGUGAUGUCAACCGUGCCAGCUCGCCCAGUCACAAUGAGCGCAUUGAGAGAGCGGAGCGAUGCCAGAUGAUGGAUCACCCCGUCAUCUACGCGGUGGAGGAACUCCAGGAGACGGCGGAAGGGGACGAAAGCAUCGAUGGUUUACCGAUCAGCGAACCCAACAACUUCGGGUCGUUCAACCUGAGUCUGGUUGAUAAGAGUGCGCGCUUCGUCAAUAGUCUUCCCCCGAUGACCAACCCGGCCAGCUUGGCUCAUGGGUAUGUGUGCCGUCCUUACAAGAGUGAUAUUCAACGGUUGCGGGCCAUUUUCACGUGGGUCAGCGAGAAGAUUGCAUGGGACGAGCCGGUUGAGGAGGUUGGCAUCGACCUCAAGCGCGUGCUGCAGACGAAACGGGGAAGCCCUCAGGAGGUUGCGUUCCUGGUCAAAGAAAUGUGUGCUGCCGUGGGGCUUCAUGCUGAAGUCAUCCGCGGUUUCUUGAAAACCCCGGGAGAGUUGCACGAAUAUGACGGCCUUGCACGCGCGAACCACUGGUGGAACUCGGUGCUCGUGGAUGGUGAAUGGCGCAUCAUGGAUUGUUCUCUAGCCAGCCCCACGAAUCCGCAGAGGAAUCAAUUCGUCACCAACAACACCUCUGCGGCCGAGAGUUGGUAUUUCCUCACGCGUCCCUUGGAGAUCUGCUACACGCACAUUCCCCUCUCACCUCACGAGCAGCAUAUUUGCCCACCCAUCUCGCCGGAUGUCUUAAUGGCACUUCCGACGGCCUGCCCGCCCUACUUCAAGCUCAACAUGCAAUUUCCCGAUUACGAUACUAGCGUUUUUCGGAUUGAGGGCCUUGAGGUCAUGCAGAUCCGUCUUCUUGUGCCUGCCGACGUCGAGUGUGCAGCGGAGGUCGAGGCUCCUGGCUUCGCCUGCGAUGCGGACGGCGACUGUUUCGAGAACGGGGAGAUCGUGCGCAAACGAGCUCUCGUCCAGCCUGACUGGAUCAAUGGGCAGAAACGCAUCACCGUCAAGGCCGUCUUACCCGGUGAUGAAGGACAGGGCAUGGUCAAGAUCUACGCCGGCAAGAAAGGACUCAUGCAUUCCAGUCGAGACAUUCCCCACCCAUUGGCUCUGGCACUUCCGCUUAUCCACACGGGAGACAAUCCGCCGUAUGACUUUGUGCUCCGCCAUCCGACCCCUCAUGCCCAACGGCACGACUUAUACAUCAUCCAGCCUCAGUGCGCCAAGUUAGCGGUGAGCAACACUUUCGUGUUUGCCGUCCGCCAACACCCCGCUUCCGCCCCUUACCAGCCGGGAGGCAGCGAUCUCGGGCCCAGCGGCCGUGUGUCGCCGUCCGUCUACUCCCGGCCGGCCAGUGCCUUGAGCAUGGUGUCCAGCUCCGCGGGGGGAUCUUCUGUUUCCGGCGUCUCGAAUGAAUUCUCGGCCUCCACCUCUGCCAUCUCAUCCGGCCGCUCCUUGUCGGGGCGGGAGAAGCCCGCCAAGCUGGCCAUUCAAUCUCCUUCUGGCAAAAUUCUCCGACUCACGCGCAAGGCCGACCACAUGAUCAGCGCCAACAGCCUGGCAGACUCGGCCACGGAUGCCACCGCCGACGGUAGCGUGUGGGAGACGGUGAUCAAGAUCGGGGAGCGUGGCAUCUGGCGCGGACUAGUGCUGGCGGACCGCGUUGCGCGGUGCACAUUCGCCCAAAUCCCCCGCCAUCCACUCCUCUACUCCCACCCCUCCCCCCUCCACCCCCUCCCCUCCCUCACCAAAAACCUCCUCCCCGCAACCCCGCAAACGACCCCCCAGAUCACCCUGCACGCCAAACGCGAAGACCAAGCCUCCCCACUAGCCUGUUCCGGCAACAAAUACCGCAAACUCGAGUAUCUCGUCCCGGAUAUCCUCUCCGCCAGCCCGCAACAUGGCGGAUUGGGGACCGGGUCGAGUCGAGGCAGUGGUCCGCCGCCAGCAGCAGCAGCAGCAGCAGCAGCAGCAACAGCCCGCAAACCCAUCACCACCCUCGUGACAGAAGGCGCCCUGCAGAGCAACCACACCGUUCAAGUGGCGGCCCUGGCCAACCACCUCAAUCUCGAUGCGGUAGUCAUCCUGCACCGGACCACUGGCGGCGGGUGGGGGAUGACCUCCGAUCCGCGGGCGUUUGCGCGGACCGGGAACGUGCAGAUUGCGAAGCUACUCGGGGCGCGACUCGAGGUGCUGGAGGGCAGCAGCAGCGAUACCGACUCUACCAUCGCAACAAUCCUCCAGAAUCUCCGCACCAAUCACCACAAAAUCCCCUACUGGAUCCCCUCGGGUGCCAGUCUCCAUCCGCUGGGUGGAUUGGGGUACGCGCGCUGUGCCUUCGAGAUUGCAGCGCAGGAACAAGCCCAGCGCCAAGCGAACGCCCACCCACACCGCAUGGAUUACAUCUUCGUCGCCUGUGGCAGCGGGAGUACUCUUGGAGGCUUGAUCGCGGGCUUCAAGUUGCUCGAGAAGGCGGAACAACAACAACAACAGAAACAACGGCCAUCCCGCAAAAUAGUCGGCGUGCUGACCUCCCCCACCAGCCCCAAGGCCUACCACGAAGAACGUGUCUUGCGGUUCGCCCGGCAGGCAGCCAGGUUGAUAGGGUUGGACCCGCUCCGAGACAUCAGCCCGGCGGAUGUGACGGUCGAUGAUCGGUUCGUCGGCACGGGGUACGGGGUGUUGGAUCCGGACACCAAGCGAGCCGUGGAGGUGAUGGCGCGAACCGAGGCGGUCCUCCUGGAUCCCGUGUAUACGGCCAAGGUGGCGCGGGCGAUGAUGCACUGGGUGCGGACGGGCGAGUUGGAGGAGGAUUGGCGAGCGAGGGUCUUCUCCCAGGGGACGGGCGAUGCUGCCUUGGAUUCUGUGAACGUGCUCUUCAUACAUACAGGGGGCCAGUCGGCAUUAAGCGCGUAUGCCGAUGUUGAGUGA